AUGCCAGACUCACCACUGUCUCUCUCAUCAUACAUCCCCCAUCCAGCUUUGAUUCAAUGUCCUCUCCUACCACCCUCCUACCUCCAUCGCCUGAAAUUUCAGGUGGCAUUAGAGCUGUUUGAGAUUUUAAAUUGUAAGCAUUUGAAGGGCCUCAUUGUCCUCUUCUACUACCCUCCUGCCUCACCCCCCCUCCUGCAAGAAGGGGUGGUUGCCACUCAUGAGGCUGCUCCUCUCUCAGAUUCUCCCCCUGAUGGCACAGACAACCUACCACGAUCUCCACCCUCUCCCAGUCCAUCCCUCCUAUCACCUGGCCCAGGCGCUGAUACGGACAACAAUCAUGCUGCUGUUCAGGAUCUGAAUCACUCUCACUUCAUUAUUCUCAGUUAUCCUCCCUCCUGCGUUGUCACAACCCAAUAA